ACCGACUUCCGGGAUAAGGUGAGCUAUAAAGCUGCCGAACAGCGUCAGUUUGAAAUGUUUUGUAGAACUUGUCGUGGAUAAUAUCAACAAACUGCGUGUCCAUGAAGUUAGCGGAGCUGAAACUUCUGUCGGAACAGCAUGAGUCUGCGAGAUAUCAGCGAGAACAUGAAGCUGGCGCGGGAGUACGCCUUGCUGGGAAACUACAGCUCAGCCAGCGUUCUCUAUAACGGCCUUCUGGAACAGAUCAGGAAGCACAUGUACGGCGUGCAGGACGGCGGCAUUCAGCAGAGAUGGCAGCAGCUGUGGCAGGAAGUCAGUGAGGAGAACCGACAGGUUCAGGACAUCAUGUCCACCCUGAGGAGCUUCCAGCUGGACACGGCGCCUGUUAAAGCCUCCAACCACGACGACUUUGAAAUGAGGCCUGCGCAUGUAGAACCAAGACACUCUCCCGGUCCCGUCAGACGUUCUAACUUCCAUAAGGAGAGCAAACCUCCCAACAACCGGCUGAGCGCGGCGGUGAGACCCCAUCAGAAGCAGUCACCGCGAGGCAGCAACGGAGACAAAAGCAGGGCCUCCAGAGGCAAAGAGAAGAAGGAGUCCAAGGAGGUGAAGGAGGCUGCUGCCAAAGCAAAGGAUGACAAGGAGAAGGAAGUGAAAAAGUUUGACGGGACAGGAUAUGACAAAGACCUGGUGGAGGCGCUAGAGAGGGACAUCAUAUCCCAGAACCCAAAUGUGAAAUGGGAUGACAUCGCAGAUUUAGAAGACGCCAAGAAACUCCUGAAAGAAGCGGUGGUGCUGCCCAUGUGGAUGCCUGCUUUCUUCAAAGGCAUCAGGAGACCAUGGAAGGGGGUGCUGAUGGUUGGGCCUCCAGGCACGGGGAAGACUCUUCUGGCCAAAGCAGUCGCCACCGAAUGCAGAACUACUUUUUUCAACGUGUCUUCAUCCACGCUAACCUCAAAGUACCGAGGAGAGUCAGAGAAGCUGGUUCGCCUUCUUUUUGAGAUGGCUCGCUUUUACGCUCCAACAACCAUUUUCAUUGAUGAAAUCGACUCCAUGUGCAGCCGCAGAGGAACCUCAGAGGAACACGAGGCCAGCAGGAGAGUCAAGGCAGAGCUGCUGGUCCAGAUGGACGGUGUGGGCGGAGCCUCGGAGAACGACGACCCAUCAAAGAUGGUGAUGGUGCUCGCCGCUACCAACUUCCCCUGGGACAUCGACGAGGCCCUGAGGAGACGGCUGGAGAAGAGGAUUUACAUCCCUCUGCCUUCAGUUAAGGGGAGAGUGGAGAUGCUCCGGAUCAACCUGAAGGAGCUGGAGCUGGCCAGUGACGUGGAUCUGGACAAGAUCUCAGAGCAGCUGGAGGGCUACUCUGGAGCUGACAUCACCAACGUGUGCAGGUCAGAGCAGCCGAGGACACACCCCCUGAAAAUAACCCCCACAAAUUAAUCAUAUGUUGCCCAU